CCUGUGAAGAAACCCAAAUUAUAAUCUAAACCUGACUCUGCCACGUCUCUCCGCUCAUCUCUCUCAACCUCCCGAUUCUCCGACCUUUGAUUCUCUUUCUUUUUCCCUUCCCAAUUUAAGAAAAAAUAUCUCCCAAUAUGGAAAGAUCUAUGGAGAUCAAGGUCGUAUCCGCCAGGGAUCUCAACAACGUCAAUCUCCUCAUGAAAAUGGACGUUUACGUCCUCGUCAAACUCCUCGUCACCGACAUCUCCGGUAAAUCCAAGCCUAAAUCCGCACAGAAAUUCAUGACUCCUGUCGAUAAGGAAGGCGGAAGUAACCCAAUUUGGAAUUUCUCCGUUAAAUUUUCUGUUGAUGAAGCCGCCGUUAGGGCAAACUGUCUUACCCUCGUUUUUAAACUCCGAUGCCAACGGAAUCUCGGCGAUAGAGAUAUCGGCGAGGUCUAUGUUCCGGUAAAAGAGCUUCUAGAUUCCGCCGGCGAGGGUAAAGGCGAUUUGAUGCAACAUCUUAGCUAUCAGGUGAGAAAACCGUCCGGAAGUCCCCAGGGAGUCCUGAAUUUCGCUUUUCGAUUUGGGGAAAAUUCCAACUCCGGACCGGUUAAACCGGAUCAGAUUCAUUCUCACAACCCGGUUCCCACCUACCCGCCGCUGGAACCGAGUCCGGUCGCCGUCUCUCACGGUGGGGGUUAUCCUCCGCUACCGGAGCCGAGUCUCGUCGCCAUCUCUCACGGUGUGGCUUAUCCACCGCCACCGUCUCUUCCUCCGCAGCCAGAAGUUCAUUCUCAGCCUUCGAAUUUGUAUCCGGUCCUCCCUCCGAAAUUGGCGGAACCGGAGAUUGUAUUUACUGCAUACCCGCCGCCGCAGCCGGCGGCUGUAUAUAGCGUGUACCCUCCCUGUACGUCAUACCACUCAUACGCGCCGGCCCCGACAUACAGCGCGUACGCGCCAGCACCGACUCAACAACCAGGGUACGGAUACAAUCAUGUACCGCCGCCACCAACGACAGCGACGUAUGGGUACCCACCGCCACCAACCUACGUAUAUCCGCCGCCACCGUCGUAUUACCCACCUCCGAUGCAGAAUAAGAAAAGCAACAUGGGGUUAGGAUUGGGAGCUGGGUUGGUGGGUGGAAUGUUGGGAGGGCUUUUGAUCGGAGAUAUGGUGUCGGACGCCGCGGACGGUGGAUUUGGUGAUUCUGGUGGAUUUGACUUCUGAUUGAAACGAUGCCGUUCUGCGUAUUUGUUUUGUAUCUCCCCCAAGAGUUGGUUACCGUUUUGGUUUGUGCAAAAUUCAACCUUCUUUCACCUUUUCUUUUUCUUUCCUUUUUUUUUGUAUAUGAUGAACAUUAUUUCUUUUAUUAUUUUGUUUUGUUUAUGUUUCUUCUAAAGGUAAAUUUUUAUUUUUCUUUCUAUUAGAAUGGUUGGUUGUGAAUUAGCAUUGGUGAUUUGAUUGGAACAACAACAACACUCUUUUUCUACCCCUCGAUUUGAUUGGUACAAAAUCCAAGAGUUGAAUUAAGGUGGAGAAUUUUAACACAUAA